AUGACUGGCGGCUGUCGUACACGCGUGCUCUUCUAUUGCAAUCGAAACACAGCCGGUCUGGCCUCUUUUGGAGACGAUCUUGGAGCUGUGGUUCUGAUUCUGCCGUCCGAGGAUCCGCGACGAAGAAUCACGUCCUAUAAGUUAUGUGUCGGGACAGCCAGAACGGGCGCAGCUCACUGUGGAUGUUCUGCAACAGAACAUCGGGACUAUGGACACACGAGCCGCUUGGGCUGCAGUAGGGAUACUUUGAAACGCAGAAGAAUGGAUGUCAAAGAGAGCACCCGUACAUUCUAUCAGUUCCUGCAAUCGCAGAUGGCCUAUGCUUCGGUUGGACGACCUUUCGAGCGCAUAAACGGAAGCAGCCCAGACUUCGGCCCCUUCAAUGGAAAG